CUGCACGCGCAUGCGCAGUAUCAAGCCGGUCGUGAGGGGGAGAAUAUCUGCCCAGCCCAUUGAGAUAACCUGAGGUGCAAAUUCCUGUCGCUGAGACUUUUUGUAAAUUUUGAUCAGGAUUUGGCUUGACCAUUGCUGAGGGUUGCUGGUGCCAAUUUCAACAUGGCCAGUUUGAUAGCUGAAGCUGUCAAGUCCUAUGACAACAUGAUGUUGAAAGCAGAUCCGCGUGUUGCAGACUGGUUCAUGAUGUCCACUCCAUGGCCCAGUUUCUUCAUCUGCAUCAUGUAUUUCGUCGUCAUCAAGAUGGGGCCAAACCUGAUGGGCGACAGGAAACCAUUUGAGUUGAAGAGAGUCAUGCUGGUCUACAACUUCUGCAUGAUAAUUCUCUCAGCAUAUUGUUUCAUCGAGUUUGCGGCAUCAGGUUGGCUGGCGGGCUACAGCCUAGGUUGUCAGCCUGUCGACUACUCUAACUCCCCUCAAGCCGUCAGGAUGGCAAAAGUAUGCUGGAUGUUUUACAUCUCCAAGUUUAUUGAACUUCUUGACACUAUAUUCUUCAUCCUGAGGAAGAAGUACAAGCAGGCAUCCUUCCUCCAUGUGUUCCAUCAUGGCAUCAUGCCAAUCUCGUGGUGGUUCGGAGUCAAGUUUGUACCAGGAGGAUUUGGGACGUUCCACUCACUACUGAAUUCCUUCAUUCAUUUUAUGAUGUACACAUACUACUUCCUGGCGGCCCUAGGGCCUGCAUUCCAGAAGUACCUGUGGUGGAAGAAGUAUAUGACUACCAUGCAACUAACACAGUUUUUCGCCGUCACCAUCCACUCAACCCAGCUGUUAUUCAGAGAAUGUGACUACCCCAUCCUAUUUAUAUACUGGAUCGGAGCUUACGCUGUCAUCUUCUUCAUCCUCUUCGCUGAUUUCUACAGGAAGGCUUACAUUAAACCCAAGCCUAAAUCAGAAAAGGUGGAAAAUGGCUCCGCUGUGAGAAAUGGACUGAAGAAAGAAAGAUGAUCAAGGCACAUUUACAACGAAUAGUCUAAAGAUGUUAAGUCAAGAUGCGCCAUCCAGUUAUGUCUGUUUCAUCAUGUCUGUCAUGUGUUUACCGGUACAUUUGUUAUUGUAUUUCUCCACUGGUGUGAGUAUAGAUCAAAUCUGAAUUUGUGUCAUUACCUUAUAAUAUGGUAUCUUUCGUUAAUUUAUAGAUGGGCUCAUUGACACAGAAAGUGCAGGGACUACAAAAGUGUUUAUAGUUGGUACAGCACUCCGUAGAUCGGUUGUAGUAAAUCAGUUCCACAGGGCUGUUGCUGAGUGCUUAGAUUACACGAAACCGUUACUCAGUUUCAGUUCAAGGGCUAAUUACUCAGUGUUGACCAACCUUCUCAAAUGCCAACAGUUCAUGAGUAAAGUCUAGAUUCACCAUCAUGCCAAAAUGUUACUUAUCACCUGAAAUUGUCAGCUUGGGCAUGGUAUGAUGUUUGCAUUUAUUUGCAUGUUAUUGACGAUGAAGUUUCACACAGUUUUUCCCAGUGCAUGUCAUAGUCCAUAUGAAAGUGAAACAAAAUGGCAGAGCCGACCACGCGCUCACACCCCCAACUCGCACCUUUGGUGCUCAGGCCUGGCUUUCAGCCAGUCAUGACUCCUUUUUCCUGAGAUUCAGGGUUGGCAUCUCUGCCUGUAUUCUACAUACCUGAGUAAACAGGGGUUUGUAACGGGGUAAAUGGCAUCAAGAUAUAUAUUGCCACUGACAGGUCUUAGAAUUAUGAAUAAAGUCCUUUAAUAAGCGCUAAGAUGCUGUCAUCAAGGUAUGUAUUGCCACUGACAGGUCUUAGAAUUAUGAAUAUAGUCCUUUAAUAAGCGCUAAGAUGCUGGCAUCAAGGUAUAUAUUGCCACUGACAGGUCUUAAAAUUAAAAACAAACAUCCUUUAAUAUAGCGCGCUAAGACCCUGUCAGUGACAAUACAUACCUUGAUGCCAAGUUACUUCAUUACAAGGCCCUGUUCCUUACUAUACUAGUAUAUACUCUCUUGGUGUACAACGUAUGCAGGUUUAAACCUGUCUUUUCAUGCUAAUUAGUACAAAUCAUUGAUAAAAAUUAAUUCAAACAGUAGUAUACACAAUGGUGCUAUGGGACCAGGUCCCCAAGGACUCAAUUUAAAAAUUGAGCCCUUGGGGGGACCUGGUCCCGUACCACCAUUGUGUAUCCUACUCAAACUCCACAGAAUCUUAUUAGAAGACAGGUACAGUUGACAGCUGAUAUUUUAAUAUGAACAUAAAACAUGGUGAUUUCAAUUAUGUUUUGUCCAUGUGUUUUUCACUAAUUUAGAGAUCCGUUUACAUGAAUGGUAUACCUUCAGAGUCUUGCUGAGAUCUUUUCACUUCAUACAAUUGACCUUUGUAAAAUGGUUUGUACAUGUUUUAGCCUCUUGUAGAAAUUAAUACUAAUGCAAUAAGUACCUGUUUGGGCCUCUUCAUAAUGAAUAUUUUGAAUUAUCUUUAUAUCUCAAAUGUACCCAAAGCCCAGAAUGGUGGCUACAGGUUUGACAUAAUCUUACAGUAUGAAGCAUAUACAGCUGAUAUAGACACCAAACAUUGUGAAUAUUGUGUGUGGUAUUUUGUAUUUCUUUCCGUUAUACCGGUGAACAUGCUUGAUAUAUUUAUUUAUACAUCAUGAAAUGUUUAUUGUUAUAUUGUCAUCAGUGUCGAGUCAUUUGCCAUUAUUCUGUGUCUGAUGAUAUUUACAUUUGAACAAUUACCUUUUGUCACCUGAUUAAAGCUGUGUUGAUUUGUCACAUUGGGUACUGACAGUUCAGCCUUAGAAGGGUGGUAGGGUAGCCUGGUGGCUAAAGUGUUCACUCAUCACGCCAAAGACCCAGGUUUGAUUUCCAACAUGGGCACAAUGUGUAAAGCACAUUCCUGGUGCUUGAAUAUUGCAAAGUCAAUGACACAUGUUUGAUUGUGGGUAUAACCAAAGUUGUAAACAGCAAAAGUCAGCACCUCUUCAGGUCAAAAACUGUUCAAACCUCAACUCACUCAAAA